UUGGCAGAGCAGAAGCCAGAAGGAGCGCAAAACCCCAGAAGCCAAACCCCCACCUGCUGUGACCUCGCUCGCUGAUCCCCACGCCUCCAGUCCCCUCUCCCAUUCCAGCAACCAGAACUGCCGCCGCCGUGAUGGUGCAGUGCCCCGGAGCGUACGGGGUGGUCAAGAAGAGGUGUCGGAGCGACGGCGGCGCCACGCCGUUCAGCAAGAGGCUCGCCGUCGACCUGGGCUCCACCGGCAUCUUCCGCGACGCCCCGGGAGGCUACGGGAUCUCCCGCCGCCCGCUCCCGCUCCCGCCCUGGCCCGAGCCCCCCUCGACCAGCGUCUCCCGCGGCCGGUUCGACCACGCCGACCACCAGGGCGUCGUCAUGGCCAUCGCGCCCCUCACCGACAUCACCCGCGUCGCCUGGAGUCCUCGCUCCGCACACGCGGCCCUCCCGCCCGGCCUCUGCCGCGGCCGGUUCGAGCUCGUCGCCGACGCCCUCGCGCCCUUCACCGACGUCACCCACGUCUUCUACGUCGCCUGGGAUCCUCGUCCCACACACGCGGCGCCCCGCGGGGCGAACUACAUCUUGCUCUGCAACACCCUGAACUGCCCCAAGCGAGCCCAGGUCCUCGUCCUCGACCCGUUCGACCCUUUCGGCCGCAUUCAGCUCACCCUCCACAGGGGCUCCGAUAACAGGCCGGGAUCCCCUGUAGCCUGGGAGGGGUUCAGCGACCCGUCCGUCGUGGAACUGGUCGGCGAGCACGCGCUCUGGGCGGCCCUGCACGAGGGCUUGAACUGCAGCGAUAUGAUCAUUUACAGGUGGCCGGUGCUGGCUACUGGGUACUUGGGUAAACCAGCGCUUCAGGCUAGAUUGGGCCAUGGCGAUUGGGCUCCAGAAACUCUUUCUGCAGCAGCUGCUCGAAAAUCAGUAUGUGACUUGUUAUUUAUGGUGGCUAGCACUGACAGCCCUGAUUGGUGCUCUGUGAAAAACUGCUUGAUAAAGUCUGCUCUAGGAGAUAUUCUUACUCAGUUUUACCAGAAAUCGCAAAUACUACAUACGUAUAAGGUUAAGAUGCCAUCAUGCUUUCUCCUUGGAGCAAAAGAUUUCUGGGUUUCUGUUUUGAACAGAUUACAGUAUGGAAGGCCUUUGAAGGAGAGAGGAGUGGACACCAGAAAUAUUUACUUUCUAGAAGAUAUUCAUGGACUUGACAAGAUGGUCAAAAUUCCCGAUCUUUUCUCCACAUCUGGGCGUCAAACUCAAUAUUUAAUGGUUUUGGUAUUAAUUUGGGGGUUCUUCAUACCCAAUGUAAAAGCCGAUGCUGGAAUGAUGUGUCCAACGCAGAGCAUCAAUGACUUCUUGCCUAAGACACCUAAACCUACUUGUCCAGUGAUAAAAUUGUCUGGUGUCCAUUGGUCACAUUCAAAAACGGCCCGGAAUCCCUUCACAAAUCGUUAUAUCCUUACUAAUAAUCGGGUCAAUGAUCUCAUUGGAUAUUUCUUGGAAAACGAUUUCACGAAGUGUACUAUGUUUCAAGAUAUACUUUUUGUCUUGGAAUUUAUCUUGCUUUGUCCGGUAUUAUGUCAACUAGAUCAACACAAGCAAGUUAGAUUUUUCUACCUUGAUAGAACCAUGAUAUCCUUAUGGAUUGAUACAUCACUUUGUCGCAUAUUUUACCAUGCGUGCUGGAGUUUGUAUGGAUAUUUGCUAUCCUUGUCAAAAGAUGUCGAGGUGAAGCAUUUUGGACUACAUACCCAUUAUAUCAAUUUGCUGGGUUGUUUGAUAUCUGCAGGAGUGUUAUUAUUGUUGGUGGCUCGUCAUGUAAAGGAUUGGCAGUUCGUACUUCAUCGUUUGGUGGGGUUGUUUUGGCUGCUUCUACCACUGUACUGUUUAAGGUUUUUGAAUCCAAGCAAUGACAAUAUUUUCAUAAUUGGUCUGAUUGGUUUUAGUGCCACGGUACUGAUGUAUGUCCUGAAAUGGUUUACCAUUGUGGGUUUCAAGAGAUCUACGGUGGUACUGAACAUCGCCACCAUCCUGUUGUCGCUAUGUUGUGUGGGUGCUGAGACAACAAGAUCAUGGUACGGAUAUGCUCAACUUGGAAGUAUUUUGUUCCGAACUACCGACGUCAAAAGGUCUAUCUGCUUUAUUUCGCCAUCAGAGCGGGCGGGCAUGUGGGCGAGCAUGCGGGUGACCAUGAAGGGUCAAUGGAGGCUUGUUGCAGCAACAAUGAGGAGAACGGUUGCCACCGUCAAAAGGAAGCUGCGGCCCAGAGGCACGCUGUGAAGAGUGAUGGUGGCGGUGGUGCUCAGAAGAAGCAUCGUUACACAUUGGAGUAAACGUUCUAGAUGCUUUGUGGCAGGGGUGUUGAUUGGGAUCGACUAUAAGUAAACGUUCUAGAUGCAUGUGCCAUGAUGGAUGUUCCCUGCCUUUCUUUUGUUGAUGCAUACGUUGUUUGUUCUCUCCUCAUGCUCUAAAACCUCGUGUGUCCUGUUGCUGAAACGACAUUAUGGCAGAACAUUGUUACUUCAGAUGGAACGAAACCGUACACCACUCCAAUGCAUGUGCUGGGCACCAAAAAAAUUCUUAUUGAUGUCAAA